AUGCUGAGCACUCCUCUUCAGGAGCACAUCAAAGCAAUCAAAGCAGCGCAGACUAGUGAUGCCGAAUCACUGGGUGUCGUUUUGAAGAGAGCAGCGAACAAGGCGCUUGGAGGAGGUAUAGCAGGUGCCGGCGCCAUGGCUAUUCAGGUCACUUCGCUCAUGUGGAUGCGUACUACGAUGAACUAUCAGUAUCGCCAUGGUUCCAGCACCUUGCAGGCCAUGAAACAUCUCUACCAUGAGGGAGGAGGAGGCCUUGGCGGAAUCAUUCGCUUCUAUCGUGGGUAUCUGCCAGCUCUGGUUCAAGGCCCACUCUCUCGCUUCGGAGACACUGCUGCAAAUGCGGGAAUGCUCGCUCUGCUUGAUUCCCAUGAAAGCACGAAGAAACUCCCUGUCGCUGCCAAGACUAUGGCAGCAUCAUUUUCCGCUGCUGGUUUCAGGAUGUUUUUGAUGCCUGUGGACUGCCUGAAGACCACACUACAAGUUGAGGGGAAGAAUGGAGUCGCCUUGUUGGCUAACAAGAUUCGAACGAAUGGAAUUGGUGUCCUCUGGUAUGGAGCCUUUGCCACAGCGGGUGGUACCUUCGUUGGACACUUUCCUUGGUUCUACACCAACAAUCUGAUGAGUGAAAUGCUUCCUCCUCCCAAGGAAUUUGCAACAUUCCUUGGAAACGAGUUCGCGCAGAAACUUUUGAGAAAUGCUGUCAUCGGUUUCGUAUCAUCUGCUGUUUCUGACACUUGCUCCAACUCUAUCCGUGUAAUCAAGACUACCAAGCAAACGCAUGAGAAGAAGAUUUCAUACCGGCAGGCGGUUGUGGAGGUUGUGAGCAAAGACGGAGUUAUUGGCUUGUUCGGUCGUGGCCUUGGAACUCGAAUCAUCACGAAUGGUGUACAAGGGCUGAUGUUCAACGUCUUAUGGCGUUUGGGACAAGAUUAUCUCAACAAGCAUCAUUAAAUCUUCAUUCAGCAUGGUGCGUUGCUGAGCAAGGCAAAAUCAUUGUUCGGUUCUUUACUCGUAGCUUAUUAAAAGAUAAACGUCACAAAGUCU